AUGGUGCGUUUAGUUCGAUGUUGUCCAGCCACCGGGGCGGGGAGUGGCACAGUUUUAACGGUCUCAAUGUCGUUGCAAGGUCACGCGCGUUACCUGACCACAGCCAGGGGCGGCAGGCUGUUGUACUACGACGGGAACACGUUCUUCAUCAACUCGCGCAAGCGGCAGGACAAGGCGCGGCUGCUGUGGUACUGCUCGUCGCGGAAGUCUCGCAACUGCCCCGCCUCGAUACUGACCCUCCACGACCGGGUGCUCGGCCAGGCGCCGGUGCACACGCACCCGCCCAAGGUCUCCAGCACCUACUGCAGCCCCACCGAGAACGAUUAC